AGACCUCUCAAAGCGUGGUCUCAACAAGUAACUGUUGUGACAUGGGAUCCUCUCUCUCUCUCUCUCUCCAUGUCUAGAAUAGCUAGUAUAAAAAGGAGAAGCCUUGGGUGCUGUCGCCGGACAGGAAAGGGAGGGGGAGCUCAAGCAUCAAGAAGAGCCCACGCGCACGCCGCCAUGGACAUGGAGCUGGAGCACGGAGGGAAUGAAGACGACAGGGGGAGUGAGUCCUCCUCCUCCUCCUCCAAGCGGAGCUUCGGCGCCUCGUCGGACGCAACCGUCAGCAGCACGCCAAGCAAGCUACAGGCUCUGAGGUUUGCGGAAGAUCUCUCCCUCCCAUCGGUGCAGGUGGUGGUGAUGAGCGCCAACAUGGGUUGCUCGCACUGCCGGCAGCGGGUCGCCGACGUCGUCUCCAAGAUGAACGGUGAGCGCCUACAUGCAGAGUUUUUCCAUCACCAGGACAAAUCAUUCCAUCUAGUCAGCUCAUGUCUGUGCUCGGCUGCUCGUGUCCGUCCAUUCCAUCAGCAGGGCUGCUGGACUACAUGGUGGACUUCGGGAAGAAGGAGGUGACGGUGCGCGGGAAGGUGGCGCACACCAAGAACAAGAGGAAGCACAGGAAGGCACUGCUGGGUGCUCCAGCAGGUUGGGACGACGCCAGAUCGGCGGCGGCCGCGUCGUCGUCUUCGCCCGGCGGCCAUGCCAGGACGACGCUGUCAUGGUUUUUGGGAUGCUACGGCUCAUGACCACCACACCAUAGUCCAUAGCUAGUAUAUAUAAGUCUCCGCAUAGAUAUAGUAUCAUCAUAUAUACUGCUGUAUGUAUGUAUGUGCUUGUUAUGUUCAUAUAUAACUAGUAGCAGCUGCAUAUAUAGUUUGUAAUGAUAGUAAUAAUCUAUUGAUUUCCAUUGCUUUCUUUCUUUUUCAUUCCGAAUAAUGUAUCGUUCAUGCAUGUUAUGUAUGCAGCAACCAGCCAUGCCCAUACAUACAUAUAUAUCAGUGAACAGUGCUGACA